AUGACCACGCUGGAGUUGCCGUACCCCAGCCACAGUAAUUAUUCGAGUGUAAAUUGCCCCGAGCUCACUCCACAAAUAUUUUAUGGAGUAUUGUUCGUGCUGUCAUGGACGCUGAAUGUGUUGUUGUUGUACCUUAUUCGGAAGUACACAACCUCUUCGAUCAAGCUGUACACGAUUGUCAUGAAGACGUCGAUUUAUGCGGAUUUGUAUUCGGCGACUGUCCAGUUCUUGGUUCAAAUGGUAAGUGAGAUAUGGAAAAGCACACAGGGAGUGUAUUUUCUGUGACAUAUAAUAUUUACGAACUACUGGUAUAUUUACAUAUUACUAAAACAGGGAAGAACUCCAAGUGCGACGAUCAGAUUUUGGCGAAACUUGGUACAAAUUUGGAUUAAUUUUUUCUAAAGUAUAUGCGAGAUUUUUAGCUUGCGCUUUGCAGAAAAGACCGAGAUUUUUUGGUCGAAAGUUGGCAAGAAUAUGAGACUUUUUUGUGGAUUUUUCUCUUGAAAAGUUUCAUAUCUAUUUCUACUGUAGAAUGUAACCAUAAAAAAAUUCAAAAAAAAGCAAUUUUUCCACAGAAAAAUGGCAAAGAUACGGUCAAAAACUGUUUUUCUCUAACCGCUCUCUGCGUUUGGCGUACUCUCUCGGCGGAUUAUUUAAUAUCUCGGAUUUCCCUGCAACUCGCGGCCUAAAACUUUGAGGAAUUGAUAUGUGGUCUAUCCUCGACGUGUGUGCAAAAUUUGAACAAAAUCUGAGCGUCGCACGUGAAGUAAUUUUGCACAUAAUAACUGCGAAUAAUGCGAAUUUCCAACGCCGUUUGCGCCUCGAAAGUCUUCUGUACAACUUUAACUAGUCUUUCAUCACUGAAACAAAACGUUUCUGACGUUUUUUUAACCAUCAUCUUGAUUUUUCAGCGUGCCGAAAAAGUGGGAGAAGACCAGAUUCUGGCCUACUCAUUGGACGGCUACCUGCCUCGCCUCCUAAAAUACAUCCCCUUCUUCCAAGGAACGAAUAUGAAUUAUUUGUUAUUGUUCGAUUACAUUGGUUGUUAUUUCACCUGGGGCUACAAUUGUGUGCCUUUUAUUUAUCGCUACGUCUUACUCUGCUGGUAGGAGAAAACGAUGAUUUUGCGACGUCAAACAUGCGUUUGUAGGGAUAAAAGGAUGGACAAGUACGCGUUUGGCGCUUUGAUCUGUCUUCUGUUGGCAAUAAGUGUUGCGACGGCGACUUGUUUGAUAUUGCCGUCGCAUGCAAUUUUCGAUUAUAACCAUCAAAUGUUCGAGAAGCCGGAUCCGGAAUGUGUGGUGAAUUUGGCAGUAUUUGAUGAACUGGUGAAUGCGGAUAGAACUGUAAGAAACUGCUAUUUUUAAGGGGCAUGAUAUCAGUCUGUCGCGAAAAUAAUGUGGAGAUGUCGCAACAAAAUUACCUUGUCACUGUCACAGCAGAUCCUCAGUCGCGGCUAGUGUCCAAGGCGGAAUCCACAUUAUUUUCCCGACAUACUGCUAGUAGUUCUACGCUUUUCGAAAGUGCAUAGACCUUUUGUAGCUAGUCCAAAAACCCCAUCACGUCAAUCCAAAAUAGAAGAAAAAAUUUCCCGCCCCUUUUUUGGUGAUUCGUUCAAAACGAAAUGUCACUAUCCGAUAAAACGCAUUUUCUUAAUUUUCUUCUUCCUUUUCGAGAAAAAGCAAUUAUUUCGGGCGAAAAAAAGUGUCGAUAAUUUCGCGACAUUUCGUCUCUCUUUAUAUCAAUGAAAACGAUACGAAGUUUCGAAACGGUUCAGCAAAUGCGCUAGAUUGACGUGCCCAUUAGUUUUCCGACCAAAAAAUAUUUUUCUCGGAAUUAUUUUCUUUCUUUUGUCAAUUUUGACAUUUCGUUUUUGACGAAACGCCAAAGUGGGCGGGAAAUUUUUUGCGCCUUUUUCAAGUUGUCGUGCUUUCGUCUAGCGGCGAAAAUCGUACCGAACUUUAUGGAAAUGUCGUCUGUCGGGAAAAUAAUGUUGGAGUUGUCGCAGAAAAAUGUUUUCUUCGUCGCUGUUGCAGGAAAUCUCCGGCUCUCGGCUAGCCGUCGCAAAGCGAUGAAGGGCGAUUCCAAGGCACGAAAAUCCACAUUAUUUUCAUUACGGACAGGUAUUAUCUAUCGCUUUUUUUCAGUUCUACCUUGUGUUGUACCACAUCUAUCAAAAGCUGAUCAACGUCCUACUGCUCUCGUUUGCGGUGACAUUCUUGAUCAGCAUCCGAAUUUUGAUCUUCUUAGCGAUGCACUCGGACAACAACAAAGAUAGAAAGCGAUCAAACAGACAGAUCACAUUUGUCUUGCUGUUACAGGUAAGGAGAUUCGCGUUGCUUUUGAAGCGUUUGAUAUUUUGAUAAAAUUUGGCCAGUGACAUGUUCUGGAGGUGUUCUUUAACUCUGUUUUGUACUAAUUAAUUAUUUGUAUUCAUUAUUACUCCUGUGAGAGCCAGAUUUAGAAACUCUCAUGCGUAUAGUCUUUAGACCAAACUUCUUUCCCAAUCCAUGAGUUUUUCUCGGGUUUAAUUUGAGCUGGGAAAAAGAAAUGAGUUCCUCAAAACCACCGUAAUUUUGUUUCAUGCCGUUGACUGCUUUAAUCGUGCCUUGGGAAACAAAAUAAAGAUUUCCUUUGUCUACUGUACCAAUAAAAACAGAAAAAAUUGAUUACGUUUUACUUAUUAGUCUUUGCAGAAAGUGUGUAAAAUUUUCGCCACGAAGCUUUCUGUUCUGACGUAUGCUUUUUUCAACUAAUUAUUUUACUAUUAUUUGCAAUUUGCAGCUUUGUUCUGACCCUUGAAACUCACUUCUCACAAUUUUCCCACUUUUUCAGGCCCUCGUACCCUUCAUCGUCAAUGGGCUUCCAGUUUUGGCGAUGAACUUCGUAGCCAGCUACCUCAAGAUCAACAUGGAGAUCACUUUCAAGUUCUACAUUUCCUCGUUUAUGGCAGCGCCCGUCCUCAACCCGUUGAUUGCAAUCCUGUGUAUUUCGAACUAUCGCCGAGCGCUGCUGCACAAACUGGGGCUGUACAAGGGAAAGCGGGGGCCGGACACAUUGUUUGUUCGGACCAUCAGUAAUGUGACGGUUGGAAAAUAG